CACUCUCUUAUUUCACACACAUUUCAACCAACAAAUUAGCCCACAAUGGCUGCUGCUUUUUCUUUCCUCCAACACCUCCUCCUCAUUACCACCCUCCUCUCCGCCGCCACCGCCCACCGUCCCCACCGUGUCGCCACCCACAACUACAAAGAUGCCCUCACCAAAUCCAUCAUGUUCUUUGAAGGCCAAAGGUCCGGUAAACUCCCCCCAAAUCAAAGAAUCACUUGGAGAAAAAACUCCGGCCUCUCUGACGGCGCCGCCAUGAAAGUGGAUUUGGUAGGUGGGUACUAUGAUGCCGGUGACAACAUUAAAUUUGGGUUUCCAAUGGCUUUUACAACCACAAUGUUGUCAUGGAGUGUGCUUGAAUUUGGUGGGUUAAUGAAAGGUGAGUUGGGGAAUGCAAAAGAAGCCAUACGUUGGGCUACCGAUUAUCUACUCAAAGCUACUGCACAACCGGAUGUGAUAUAUGUACAGGUGGGUGACGCAACAAAGGACCAUGCUUGCUGGGAAAGACCUGAAGAUAUGGACACACCAAGAACCGUUUUGAAGAUUGACAGAAAUACCCCUGGUACAGAAGUAGCUGCUGAGACUGCUGCUGCUCUUGCUUCUGCUUCUUUGGUUUUUAGAAAGUCUGACCGCACUUACUCUAAGCUUCUACUCAAAAGAGCCAUAAGGGUGUUUGAGUUUGCUGACAAGUAUAGAGGCGCUUACAGCAAUGGGCUCAAAAGAUUUGUGUGCCCAUACUAUUGUUCCUAUUCCGGAUACGAGGAUGAAUUGUUGUGGGGAGCAGCUUGGUUACAUAAGGCCACAAGAAGCCCAAAAUACUUAAAUUACAUCCAAAGAAAUGGUCAAAGUUUAGGUGGUGGUGAGACUGAUAAUACCUUUGGGUGGGACAAUAAGCAUGCUGGUGCCAGAGUCCUUUUAUCCAAGGCAUUUUUAGUGCAAAAGCUUCAAUCACUCCAUGAUUACAAAGGUCAUGCUGAUAACUUCAUAUGCUCACUAAUUCCAGGAGCACCCUUUUCUCAAUCUGAGUACACACCAGGGGGGCUUUUGUUCAAAAUGGAUGAUAGUAAUAUGCAAUAUGUGACUUCUGCUUCCUUUUUACUAGUCACAUAUGCCAAAUACUUGACACAAGCCAAAAAGGUUGUAAACUGUGGAGGAUCAAUUGUCACACCAAAACGACUUCGUUCCAUUGCAAAAAAACAAGUGGACUACUUACUAGGUGACAAUCCAUUAAAAAUGUCGUACAUGGUUGGAUACGGUUCGCGGUACCCACGUAGGAUCCACCACCGAGGAUCAUCUCUACCGUCCAUUUCCGCACAUCCAGCGAAAAUCCAAUGUGGGGCGGGUUUCUCCAUUAUGCAUUCGGAGAUCCCUAACCCGAACAUAUUAAUCGGGGCGGUUGUUGGUGGACCUGACGAGAAAGACCACUUUCCGGAUGAACGGUCUGACUAUUUCCAAUCCGAACCGGCUACGUACAUCAACGCGCCAUUGGUUGGGGCAUUAUCUUACUUGGCUCACUCGUUUGGUCAGCUUUAGUGAAGCGUUGAUGGUUAUGGUGGCUAUGAGGGUUAGUGGCAAACCAAAAUUCCUCGAGCCCCGAUUGAUAUAAUAUUAAUAUUAAUGUUGUUAUUAAUUAUUUACUAGGUUUAUGCGAGUGUUUUUUUAAUUUAUUAGCACAGAUCAAUGCAAAUGUAAGGUGCGUACAAGAACCGGCGUUAUUAAUGUAGCCGUAUGAAUUCGCAUGAAUGUUUUUUUGAUAAGUUAUUUUCGGGAUUGUUUUUUCUUUUGGUUA